AUGUACACGCGGAUCGCGGAUUACUCCGAAGCCUCAUCCGCCUACUCUCAAGCUGGCUGGGCGCCAAGGUCGAUGAACCCGCGUGGAGAACGUGCACCUCUACGCUGUGUCACCCUCCGCCACAGUGCACGGCGUUUGGCGUUUGGAAACCGGGCUCCUGAACCGUGCGGCUCCUUCACACGAUCUUCAACCAUAUUACCUGGCAAUAAAGACUUAAGUACGUGCAGGAUAACAUCCCGUGUUCAGCGAAGCUUCGAGGCAACCGAAGACUGUCGCAUAGACAAGCUUGCCGCGGACGCAGUGAACAUGAUUUAUGUCGCCUCGAUUGCUUAUCGAGUGCCGUUCGUGUUUCGUAAUAAAGGACGUGUUGAA